AUGCCCUCAGCAACCCCCAACAAACCCCCCUCAUCCUCCCCAUUACCACCUCACGACAUCGAAAGCCAACAGACAACAACAACAACAACAACAACGGUAACAACUCCCCUCCUCUCCCGCAAUGCCUCGCCCUCGCCAUCACCCUCGUGGUCGCCUCCCCCAGGCUUCAUCCCCAUCCAGCUCGCCAUCAUGACAAACGUCUUCCUCAACGGCUUCGACGGCACCAUCACGGCCGCCACCUACGCCGUCAUCGGCUCCGAGUUCGACGCCGCCAACAGCGCCUCCUGGCUCACCACCGCCUACCUCGUCACGGCCGCCGCCUUCCAGCCGCUCUACGGGCGCGUGUCGGACAUUUUCGGCCGCCGCGCGUGCUUCUUCGUCUCGACGGCCGUCUUUGCCGCCGGCUGCGUGGGCUGCGGGCUCGCGGGGGAUAUCGUGCUGCUGAAUUGGAUGAGGGCGUUGACGGGGGUUGGAGGCGCCGGGCUGAUGACUAUGGCCACGAUCAUCAACUCGGACAUGAUCCCCUUCCACAGGCGCGGCAUGUACCAAGCCAUGCAAAACGGCGUCUUCGGCUUCGGCGCCAUCUGCGGCGCCUCCUUUGGCGGCACAAUCGCCGACUCCCUCGGCUGGCGCUGGUGCUUCCUCCUGCAGGUGCCCCUAUCCAUGUUUGCCCUCGUCGCAGGCCACGUCGUCCUCAAGGACGAGCACCUCGGCGCAACCGCAACUCCCAGCAGCAGCUUCAGCGCAAUGUGGAAACGAGUCGACUUCUCGGGCGCUCUUCUGCUGGUCCUUGCCGUGUCGACGCAGCUCCUGGGCCUCAGCCUCGGCGGGAAUGAGUUGCCUUGGGACAGCCCCUGGGUUCUUGGCGCGCUGGCGACGAGCGUGGUGCUGUUUGCCGUGUUUGUCAGGGUCGAGGAGAGGACGGCUGCGAUGCCGAUUAUUCCGCUGAGGAUGCUGAGGGGGCGGAUGCCCGUUGCGACGCAGGUUGCGAAUGUCUGCGCCGGCAUGUCUUCGUACGGGUACCUCUUCAUGCUGCCGCUCUUCUUCCAGUCCGUCCUGCAAGACUCGGCCACCAAGGCGGGCGUUCGUCUCGCCGUGCCCUCGCUGGCGAUUCCCCUGGGCGGCCUGGUCGCCGGCACGGUCAUGUCGCGCUGGGGGAAGCUGAUCCCCCUGAUGCGCGCCGGGCUCGUCCUCAUGACGCUUGGCCAGGCGUUGGUCUCGUCGUGGGCGUUUGCCGAUGCGCGGUGGAAGUAUGUCGUGUACAUCUUUCCGUCUCACUUGGGCACGGGGAUAGUGUAUCCGGCCAUAUUGUUCAUCUCGAUUGCGUCUCACGCUCACUCUGACCAUGCCGUGUCCGCGUCAACGACGUAUCUCAUCCGCUCCCUCGGCUCCGUCUGGGGCGUCUCCGUCGCGUCCGCCAUUGUGCAGAACACGCUCAGCGUGCGCCUACCGCAGGUUCUGAGCGAGGUGCCAGAUAAAUGGAGAGUACGACCCUUUUCUUUAGUCAUUGACGAGAUCAGACACUCGGUGGAAGCCCUGCGGACGCUCCCGCCAGAUGUCCAGCUCAGGGCCCGGCUGGUGUAUUUCGAUGGGCUGAAGCUCGCUUUUGGGGCGACGACGGCGGUGGCUGCCGUGGGUGUUGUUGCGGCGUUUGUGGCCAAUCCGGCGAAUUUGAGGAAGACGCAUGCUGGUAGAUGA